UAAAAUCAAAAUGAUAUUUUUUAAAACUCUUUACUUUUACAGUAAAUUCGCGCGGUUAUGCAAAUUGCAGAUUGACAUAAAGCGGCAUUAUACUGUGAUUUCGAUAAAAAAAAUCAAUUUUCUUCAUAAUUUACAAUUUGAAUCAAACUUAACUAUUUCACACAUUGUAAUAAUUUAUAGAUUGUACUAAUUUGAAUUAGACGAACGGGAACCGAAAGAGUAAUUCAAUAACACGAUUUCAAGUCAAUUCCCGAUUUGGAAGAUUGCAAGGAGAGUCGCAGCUUUCGUGAUUUUAAUUUUAAUUUACAUCGAUCUCUUUUUCUAUCCUCGUAAUCUUCACACAAUGAUCGCGAUCCACACCGGAAUGACUUACGAUCUAGAGCCGGCCCUGAUCCACGACGUGAUGAUCGUCGAGCGAUAUGGCUCUCGCGCGCGCACGGAUCCGCGACGGGCGACGAUAAGAAACGGGCGAAGUGAUAAGUGGCGCGAUAACGGGCGGGUGAAAUAAAGAGUUAAAAGUAAGAAAAAGGAAGAAGGAGAUCCUGAUGAAUCUGAGCGCCAGUCAGUUUUGACAGCGAAUGUCGCGGCCGAUCACCGAACGACGCGUUUUCGUGUCUAUGAAAAAGCCACGCGAGCACGGAUACGGAUACGGACACGGACAGGUGCGUGUCGAUCGCGACGGGAAGAGGACCGAGAAUGCCGCUGUUCAAGCCGCGGGCCACGCCGAGAUCGCCGAUAACGGAGAAAGCUGCGAACGGCGUACAACAGCAGCAGCAACAGCAGCAGCAGCAGCAGUAUCAGCAACAGCAGUAUCGGAACCAUCAUCAUCACCAGGUCGGUGACAAUAAUCAUGACGGUGCGAGCAGUAACGGUACCGGUAAUCGGCCAAGCAAUAGCGCGGCACGAUCGACUAUUUCGCCAAUUGCCCCACCCGAGUACGACGAUGUGAUGAGAGGGUCCAGACCCCCGAAAUCGUCGCUGGUCUUCCACUGCCAACUGGCUCACGGCAGUCCCAUGGGUUUGAUAUCGGACUUCAGCAACGUCCGCGAGCUGUAUCAGAAGAUCGCUGAGUGCUACGACCUGCCCGCGGAAGAGAUUCUCUUCUGCACGCUAAAUACACACAAAGUGGAAAUGACAGAGCUGCUGGGUGGACAAAUCGGCGUGGGUGAUUUUAUAUUUGCGCACAAAAAAGGUCGACCGAAAGAGAUCGAAUUGGUGAAGACGGACGAUGCAUUGGGCCUGACAAUCACCGACAACGGCGCUGGUUACGCUUUUAUAAAGCGUAUAAAAGAAGGCUCCGUGAUCGACAGGAUAAAGGUGAUUGAGGUAGGCGACCAUAUCGAAAGGAUCAACUCGACCAGUCUUAUCGGCAGACGACAUUUCGAGGUAGCGAAAAUGCUCAAGGAGAUACCGAAAGGUUCGACGUUCACGUUGAGAUUGGUGGAACCUCAGAAAAAUGGCUUCGGCAGCAUUGGGCCACGCAGUGAUCUCAGGAAAGGAAAGAAAUCUGGUUAUGGGUCCGGCAAGGAGACCCUGAGAUUCAAGGCUGACGGCAGCGCGCAAAUCAUAGCAAAGGUCGACGAUGCUACCGCGAUAGGCGUCGAGAAGAUCAACACCAUCUUGGAGAGCUUUAUGGGGAUCUACGAUACGGAACUAGCCACGCAAAUCUGGGAGCUCGCCGAAGGCAAGUGCAACAGUAUAGACUUCGCCGAGGCGAUCGACAAUUCCGACUUGGAGGCUUUCGGCUUCACUGACGACUUCGUCAUCGAGUUAUGGGGUGCUGUGACAGAUGCCCGAGCUGGCCGACACCGAUGACGCGAGGAUCGAUGACGAUCAGUACCCCGAUAUGUUGAAAAGGGAGAAAGAAAGAAGGAGGUUGCUUGGAAAGAAACGCAACUUGAAUGUUUUGCGAGACAUUCUAAACUCGGUGAAAUAAUCGGUGAAUUCAUCGGUUUCCCGAUGAACAGUGCUUUUUCAAGUGGAAGAAGAUACACUGAUGUACCAGUCGCUCACUCGCAUGUUACCAUGAUUUUAGAUGUCUAAUUCUCGGAGCACGUUUCUCUUUGCUCCUUGAGACAUUCAAGAUUGCAAAUGUAUCGCGGGAAUCGAGAGUUUAGCAUUGAACGCGCGGCAGAAAUGUAGGCUGAUAUUCGCAAUACUCCACGUCGCUUUAGAAUUAUCGUAUAGUGCAUUGUGUCAUACGGCAAGCGCAAACUCGAAUUGCCAAGAAGAAGAAAUAACGAAGAGCUUUUGGGGAGAAUGUGCGCUAAGAGAAAAAAUUUUAGACCUUGUAUAACGCGACGAAGCUUCGGUAAAAGCAUGUUUGGUUUUAUACAUAUAAAUAAAUAGAAAAAUUAUAUAUCAUUUCAUUAUUAAAAUUUAUCAAUAUAUUAUUAAAGAAUAAACGAAAUAUUAUUAAAAUUGUUUAAAUAAAGUAUUAAUGAGUUUUAUUAAGUUACCGAAAUUUAUUUCAAUAAUAUAUAAAGUAUUUUCUUAGGCAUACUUUCUCUCUUUUUUCGUUGAAUUUUCUUCAUAGUCAAUAUGUUUUAGUUGUAUCGUUUAAUUGCAUAUAACUGUUAAAUAAUAUAUAGUCCCGUUUAAUUUUUAAACCAUUAUUUCCUGGAAUGUUUUUCUCUCCGUUUUUUUCCUGGUGUAGGCAUUAAAGACUUUGCAAUUCUCGAUGCAUACCUAAUUAGCUGAUAAGAGGGACGAUGACGAAUGUGUUUAUCGGGUUCCACGCGUCGUUUUGCAUGUUACAUAAUUACACAGUGCAGUAAUAAGGAUGUUACUAUGCUUGAGGUCGAUUUCGGUUUCCUCGAGGUCGCGAAACAACUCUAAACCGAUAUCGAUCUACGGCCACGCGGAAAACAAUUUAAUCUUAGUAUUAAUAUUAAUUACUCGAAAGGCUGCAUAAACAUGUUGAUUGAAUCGUCACAUUGGUAUCAAUAUCAUCGAUGUUAUUCUGUCGUGAGCAGAUUAAUAUUCAUUAACAACGGGUAUUCGAGAGACAUCUGUUAGACGAGUGAGAGGAACGCAUUAAUAUAUUUCGAUAUAUGUAAGCUCUCAAAAAAUUCAUGAUAUAUAAGAUUAAGUUGUCUAGUGUUAUUUAGCGUUGAUAAAUAAAAAAAAUCUUUGUAAUAAA